AUGGGAGCUGUUACUACACCAAGUUAUUCGUUAAUUUCAACCAUUGCAAAGUAUUUUUUAAUUGUUUUUCUUAUUGGCAAUUAUAAGGUGUUGCCGCUUAAAUGGUCGUUACAUUUUUACUAUUAUGUGGCCAAAUAUUUAAUCAUUAUUCCAAGGUUGGAAAAGAAGAAAAACAAGAAUAAUAAUAAUAAUAAUAAAGAAAUUAAGCAUAUUGUGGAGAAAAAAAAUGAAGAAAAUAAUUUGGAGGAUGAGAAUAAGUCAAUUAGUGGUCAAUCGUCAAGUAUCAAUGUUAGUGCAGCAUCAUCUACUGUUUCGCUAACUCCAGCUCCACAACUUAUUCCAGCAGCACAAGCACAUACAUUAUUUAGUUCAGAUCAUUCAAUUCGUGGGCUUUAUUAUGCUAAUGAGUAUUGGAGUCGUGCAGUUGCUAUGGAAUGUGAUUUAAAUGGACAUAAGAGUAAUUCGACAUAUUUUACAGAUUUGGAUUUAGCAAGAUCAGAUUUAUUGCUUGAUAUUUUCCGGGAUUCCUUUUUAUAUUACCGUGCUCGGGAUGGACGGUAUCCUUAUGUUCCAUUAGGAUCUGUGGCAUGCAUAUUUAAGCGAGAGAUUAAGCCAUAUCAAAAGUAUGUUGUUCGGUCACGGGUACUUGGGUGGGACCGGAAGUGGAUGUUUGUUGUAUCACGGUUUGAGUUUGCACCAUCGAAUAAUAAUAAGAAUAAUAAUAAUAAUAAUAAAGGACAAAAUAAUGAGCAGAGGGGGAAACUUGCAGCAGUGGGAUUAUCAAAGUAUGUUUUCAAGUUGGGUCGUAAAACCUUGCCUCCUGAGGAAUUUUUGAGUCAUUCGAAAGAGUCUUUAGGGUUUAGUGAGAAGGAUAUUGAGCGUGGUAGGAUGGAGUUUGGGUAUGCUAAGGGGAUGAUUGAAGCGGAAGCAACAUUAGAUUUGGAGUUGUAA